AAAUGUCAAUUAUUUUCAUUUCAUUCUAUGAAAAAGGUAAACAAACAAUAAAAAUGUAAUCAAAAAUAUUAACUUUUUUUGAUACAAGCUUAUAUGAGAAACAAUUUGAAGAAUCGAGGAUGUCCUGCAGAUUAUGCUUGAAUAAAAACAAUUCUCAACUAAAAUCAAUUUUAGAAAAUGAGAUAAUAACUAAAGUAAAAGCUUGUAUUUCUUUAGAAAUAGAAGUAAACAAUGAUUUCCCAAGUAGUAUAUGUCUCUUAUGUUUCAAAAAAUUGGAGGAUUUAUGGUCCUUUAGGAAUAUGUGUUUGGAAUCUGACAAAACACUCCGAGAAUCUAAAACCAGUGAAGAUAAAUUCAUUAAAGUUGAGAGUUAUGAUAAUAAUGCAGUUGAAUGGGAUUCUUCAGAUGAUGAGCCUUUAGAAGAGAAAAUAGUUCAUUUCAGUGAAGAAAAUCACAAUUUUAAAUUUUCACUAUCAGAAAAUACUUAUACAUGUGAGAUUUGUGAAAAAGUAUUUGAUGAAAUCUUUGUUUACCUUGACCACCAAACUUCACAUGAUGGUGAAACAGUAUUCAAGUGCGACAAAUGUGAUGCAACAUUAUCAAGUAGACAACAAUUAGUGGAACAUGAACAAGGACACUUGUAUCCAUGCCCCAAAUGUUAUAAACUCAUGAAGAAAUCAAGUAUUAAAUCACACCUAAUAAGCCAUACUGACAAAUAUAAAUGUACAGACUGUCCACAAACUUGCAACUCAAGGCUUUCUUUAGAGCAGCAUAUUAUUGCAGUUCAUACAGAUAUUAAAGCUUUUGUUUGUGAAAAUUGCGGCAAGAACUUCUCUACCUCUACCUCUUUGAAAACUCAUUUAUUAUCUCAUGCAGAAAAAAGGAAAUAUUCCUGCAGUUUGUGUGAUUAUAAAGGUAGAACAGCUUCAGCAAUAUAUAUUCAUAUGGCUAAGCAUGCCAAUGAUACAUGCGUCUGCGAGUUUUGUUCAAAAGUUUUCAAGAGUAAUAGAAACCUUUAUGACCAUCUUCGAAGAGUGCAUAGUAAGGUUAAAAAGCAUAUUUGCUCUUAUUGUGAUAAGAGAUUUGUUGACCAUUAUAUGCUCAAAAUUCAUACUCGAACCCACACAGGUGUGAGGCCUUAUCAGUGUGAUAAAUGUGAAAAAAGUUUUUUCAGAUCUGACGCAUUAAAAGAACAUAAAGUCACUCAUAUUGAAAGAACAACUUUUCAUUGUGAAAAGUGUUUCAAGCCAUUUAUGUCCAAGAGAGGUGUUACUAGGCAUAAUUGUCCUGCCACAAAAACAAAUUGAAAAUUCACUGUUACCUUUAGAAUUAAACAGAUAUAACAAAAA